AAAGCUGCUUGAGCUGCUAUGUGCCACAUGUGAAAGUGGACUCGUCCAGAAUGGUUGAAAACGCAACGUUCGCAAUUCUCUCGUCAUCUUUCUCUCUUAUACUCCUCGAAUAUUAAUAUUUCAAGCUAUUCUACUUAGCUACACAUUAUCUUUAUCUUCCAAGAAUUUGUCUAUAGUGCGCAUGAGUCUGUGAAGACAACGGAUACCGACGCUUCAUUCAGAAUCCGGUGGUGCAGUCUGUCUACGUUAUACAACGGCGUACUGGAUCAAUCGUGGCUCAUCAAAGUAUCAGAUUGUACCCUAUCUCGAGAUGGCCGACAACAUCACCACCGUCUACGGAGAUAAGAAUGACGAUAGUGAUUACACAGCAUCACUAGUAUCACCUCUUCUCACCGAUUUUGAAAUUCAGUGCAAACCAGAACCAUGUUCCAAUCUACCUAACUCGACCGACGAGGACCUAUCGGUGUUUGAUGAACCCUCAACCUCAACAUUGUACACUCCAGUAUCUGUACCUACGAUAAAAAAUCCAAUUGUUUUGUUAGAAAGAUGUGAUAAAAUUUGGCAAACAUUACAAAUGAUAAAGAUUAUACAAACUGAGAAACCAGUCAAUGAUGACAAUGAAGAAAGUAAAAAGGAAGAAGUACAAUAUUCAGAUAAUGCCAAACAAUCUGUAUCACCUAUCAUGGAUCAACCUGCAUUGAGAAAUCAUAAUACAGUGCCAUUACCUUUCAAGUUUUCUGUCCAAAAAACAAAAAAAUUAUAUCCUUGCACUAUAUGUGGUAAGCAAUACUUGGAAAGACGAUCCUUAAGAAAGCAUUCGGAAAGAGUACAUGGAAUUACUAUACCAUUACUCAUCAAAGGUAGACGUCCCAGAAAUACUUCACUAUUAUCUAACAAAAAGAAUUUCAACAAAGUCAAUCUAGUUACUUCACUUAAUAAAGAAGGUAGUGAUUUUGAAAAUCUUAAUGACAAAGCUUCACAUCCAAAGACAAAAUUUGUAAAUGCUAAAACUGUUGCUUUACGAUCUACAGUGUUAAGGAAAUUUGUCAAAUGCACAUUGUGUCAACAGAAAGUAACAUCUAUAAGGAAACAUUUAAUUUAUUAUCAUAAAAUUGGUGGUUCUUCAAGUGUAGUAGAACAACUAGAAUCUUCAUUAUUAAUUGAGAAUGGAACAUCAUCUGAGGAUAAGAAACCUACAUUAGAAAAUAUUUCCACCCAGAAAUCUCCACAAUCUGCUAAGAUGAAUAUGCAAGAUGGUUUUCGCAUAAUGGAUAAUGAAGCUGAUACUCAUAAAACAUCUCAAGUUAAGAAAAAACGAAAGUAUACAUUAUCUUAUGUAAAUGCUAAGAAAAGAUUCAAGUUGAACAACGAGCGUUAUGUAUUUACUCGACAUGGGCCUGCUGUAACACAGAAACAAGCAUCUUUUAUUCAUACCAGACACAACAAUCGUACAUCAUAUCAAUGCGACAUUUGUUUAGGAAUAUAUGCAUCUGAUCGUAGUUUGUACAAACAUAGACGCAAUCACAUUUUUCGUGGAGAAACUAAAGAAAAUAUUCACAAUGUCAAAUGUAGAUAUCAUAAUUCACCAUUUAAUAAGAAAUACAAAUUAUUGCUGUCUUCCACAAUGUCAACUGAUACAACUGCAGAAAAUACUAGCAAUAGCAUCAAUGAUGUACAAAAUGGCAAAAUUUCCAAGAUUAAUCAAACAGUUCAAUACAAUGGAAAAAUAGACAAGAGCAAUGAAACUACUUGUAUAUGCGGAAGAUCAUUUCGAAAUCCUCAUACCUUGUUCAUUCAUAAAAAAAGCUGUGAGUUAUAUAAACAGGAAGAUACUAUGUCGCAAUAUACAAGUGUCAGUAGUGAUUCUGGAAUUGGUAUUAACAUAACGAUAAAGAAACUAAAUGAUUCCUAUAAGAUUGUUGGAAAAGAUAAUAAUGAAAGUAAACUCCAAAAAUCUGACAUCCAUUUCAAAGAAAAUAAUUUGUCUAUAUCUAACACAUCUGAUCAUACUACCAAAGAGUCUGUUAAUUUAUGCGCUAAACAAAAAGAAUCAGAUAAAUCUGAAUUAUUUAAUUACAGUAAAGAUCAUAGCUUUUUGAAGUUACAUGUUGCAGAUGAAGAUGUAAUUAUCGAUAUCGAAGAUGAUAUACAAAUUGAAUUUGAUAAAAAUAAUACAUCAAAGAAAAUGGUUACACAACAAGAUAAUAAAAGGUAUAUGUCAAAGGAGCAGAAUGAUGUAAAAAAUUUGAAAAAUGAACAAGUUUCUGAUAAAAUCGGUACAUCAAAACGAAUAUGUCAAGACGUUCUAGACAUUUUUGCACAUAAAUCUAAGAGUGCAGUAAAAAAUGGAAGUCAGGAAAACAGCCAGGUUGAAGAUCGGGAAAUAUGUCAGGAUAGCCAGAUUAAAAGUCAGAAAAUACAUCAGGAAAAGAAAAGAAAGUUACGAUCUUCAAAUAAACGACGUCGAAAUGAUGAAAAGAAGUUUGAUCAUUUGAACAAUGGAAUGGAGGUUUGUAUGACGAAAUUUGAUCCAUUAUCGGUAUGUGGAUAUUGUAACGAACAGUUUGACACAAUUAAUUCAUACUAUAAUCAUCAGUGUACUGUUAAAGAGGGGAGACCAUUUGAUGAAUUUUCACUACAGUUAUUAUGUUUCCAUUGUGAAGAUGUUUUACAUAAUUUCAAUGAAUAUGAUAAGCAUAUGAGAGUCAAACAUUUUGAUAAUGCGUAUCAUUGUUACCUAUGUAUCAAACGAUUUCUAAGCGAUAAAGCGCGAUUACAACAUAUUAGUUUAGAGCAUAACAAUAUGUCUUGCAGAUUUUGUGAUGAAAAAAUUUCUAUUAAAGUUAAAGCCUUACACGAAGGUUAUCAUUUAGGUUUUGGUUAUCCCUGUCAUAAAUGUAAAAAAGCUUAUACGAAUGGAAAGAAUCUUUCUUAUCAUAACUAUAAGUCUAGAUUACAUCCAAAGACUGAUAAUCUAGUAACUUGUACCAUAUGUUUAAAAUCUGUAAAAGUACGAAGUUUUCGCACUCACAUGUCUACGCAUAAACAUAACGCUUGUUAUUUUUGUGGUAAAGUGUUUUCUAACAAAACAGGUAUAGAGUUCCACACCAUGAUACAUCAUGGUACACAGUCUAAAUUAAAGUGUAAUGUCUGUGGUACGCGUUUCUUCACUAAGAAACAACUCGAGAAACAUGCAAAGGUGGAUGGAUGUAAUAGUGGCAUACAAGGAGUGAAAAAUAGAAAUACAGUAGCGCAUCAUUAAUAAUAUAUUUGUUUAAGAAUAGUAGUAUAUAUAUAAACAUAAAACAGAUUAAUGUGAGAAUUAAUAUCAGAUAUAAUUAAAAAUCUUUUACAUUGCAAAUUAUUUAUAAUUUAAUACAGAUGUGCAGGUAGUUUUGAUGCAUUAUAAUUAGGUUUGCUAUUAAUAUAUAGAGCAAACCUUUGUAUAAUUCGAUUUUGUUGUAUAGCUAACAUGCGCAUACCGAUUAUUGCGCAUAAAUACAUGUGAAAUAAAAAUGAAUACAUGUUCCAUUAUUUUUAUGUAUAAGACAUGGGUGAUGCUUUGUAAAACCACCUGUAACUCUCUCUUGUCAUAUGUUCCAUAAUGUUCUAUAUAAUAUAUAAACCGAUUAUGAACAAAUAUUUUCGCGUUCUAUUACAUUCUCACAUGUGUCUAUUGUAUCGUCUGUGUAGCAUUAAUAUCUUAUAAAUCUUGCAAACUAAAUUUUUUCUUAAAACAAAAUUUUUCAUAGAUAUAUCUGUUUUAUAUCAAUGAUUAAAGUUGUUUUUUUUUUGUGUUGAACGCUUUUAGUAUUCUUUCUAUAUUAUCUGUUAAUUACAGUUAUUGUUUUACAAGAUAUUAAUUUACACAAAUGAUAUUUCAACUAAAUUUACUGAUAUUAAUAUCUUCUAUAAAAUUGUACAAAAUUUAAGAAUACAGGAUCUUUGUAUAAAUGAUGUAUAUCCUAUCUUUAUUCAAAGAUAAUAGAGCAUUGGACGUAUGUGAUAUUUGCGUUGAAUGCAUAUUAAUAUUAAUGUUGUAUUUUCAUUAUUGAUGUAGAGAUGAGUAAGCAACAACAAAAAAUAUCAUUACCAACUCAUGUUUAAUAACACUCUUAGGAACAAGUGUUUUGAAAACAUGUUAUUUGUAUCAAUAGUAUAUCGUUUAUUUUUAAACUUGUUAUUUACAUGAAAAUCAUAAUAAACCAAAGGAACAUAAUCUUGGUACACAAAAGGUAUCAUAUGUUAUUAUAUACAUAUAUGUGUAUUCUUUUUUAAGAUCUGUGCAUCGAAUUUAUAUUGCAUCAUACGUAACAAUAUCAUGAUAAUGAAAUUAAUUUUAUAAUACGUGGAAAUUAAACGAUAUAAAUUUUUUACUUUGAACAUAUGUAUAUAUUUUUAUGAUAUGUAUGUAUUGUUAAAUUUUAACUGUUUCCCAUUUUCGUGGUAUGUAACUGAUUAAUGUGAAAGAUAUAGUCAUAUUUUAUUAAUCC